CGCGUGCGUUGUCUUGCUGUCAAUUAACGGAAUUGAGACUGUCGCCUGUCGUCUAAAAAUACAGCACCCAACCUAACCGGCAGGGAGAUCACCGGUGUCAAUAUCGCGACGCGCCAUGGAUGUCUCGCAGGAGACCGUGGAGCGCAUCCAACGCUUCUCAGAGAGGCGCCAGGAAGCCGAAGAAACCUACAACAAACAAUCCUUGAAUAUCUCCAAUGUGCAAGCAUAUAAUAGUAAACUGGAUGAUACGUUGCGACAGCUCCAAGAUCGAGUCCGGCGCCAUGAGAAAGACCUGCGCAAGCUUCGAGAAGUCAACUCCGUUGAUCUCGCCAAAAUGGAGUCAGAUCCAUGGUCGCGCGUCUCCCAAGUGCGACGAGCAAAGAAGGCCUAUGACUCUCUCCUCAAAUCGGGGACUGAGCUGCCGAAACCGGGGUCUCCCCUUCCAUCUCUCUUGGCCCUCGAAGAGACCAUACGCCUGGUGAGAGAGAGCAGAACGUCCAUCUCAAUGACAGCGGAAAAACUAUCCCUUGAUCGCCAGCGUCUCAAGGUGGAAGAGGCCAAUUUGCGCGACGCGCAGUCCAUCAGAGACGGGCUCCAACGCAGGAUCGAGAAUAUUCGACGGGACGCUUCGCAAAAGCAAGAAAAAUCGCCGUCGCAACUGGCGCGCGAAGUCAUCAGCACCCAGGAAACGAAGAAAGCCGAGAUCGACAAGGCGACAGAUGAUCUGCGGGCCUCCCUCCACAAGUUCGUCGACGAGUCCCUUGCGCCGAUGGUAGCAGCGGAAAACCUGGGGGGGCCAACGGUGGGAGAUGUUUUCAACAUUUCCGAUACCACGUUAAAUGCGGGCUAUACGAGCCACGGCAAACCAAAGAAACCCAAAGCAUUGGACACAGAGGGCCCGAACACCAACCAGCGUCGCAUCGAUGAGCUUCUCAAUCGUCAGUCGGGCCAGAUUGGAAGCCAUCUGUCGAACAGGCGGGAGGCUGCGGCGACGGAGAUCCAUGAGCUCCUGGACGCGUUGCUCGAUGCCGGCUCCUCUUACAUCGACCUGCCGCGUGAAUCGGCCGCGUCUAGAUUCCUUGUACGGGCAAAGGUCGCCCAAUUCCAUCCUCGCGAUGCCCGGAGACUCAGACUAAUUGAUUUUGCGCGCGCCUUGGACGACUGAAUAUAAGUCUGCUAUUACGUUGUGAUAAGAUUAAUCAUGCCAGUGUAAAUUAUGCCACAGGAAACACCUCCAGGCGUAAGACGCCGUGCAGUUCACAUUGAUACUUGGUAUCCCUCCAGGCCACCAUCCUCGAGUGCAGUAGUCCAGUAACGAGUCGACA